AUAUGAUAUGGGGAUUUCCCUUUCAAACAUGGCUUACGGUACUUCUCUCUUUGAAGCUGAUAUCAGCACGUUUUGAGAGUCUAUAUUUACACAUGAUCAUUGUUGGAAAUAGAUAAAUAACAUCCUUCUGUGUGGUUUCUUUAUUUUUCUUCCUAAUAUUGGAAACCUAUAAUUAAUGUAGCUGUAACCUUCUAGAACAAUGUCACGACGAGGGGCCCCAAAAUAUGGGGGCCGGAAGAAACGGGCAAAUUACUUUGCCCUCCAAGCAUACGAGGUUGAAAUGUCAGACAAAAAGAACUGUGUCAGAGAGAUCAUUGACUUUGCCAGGGUGUAUUUUGAGAAUGGACAGUAUGGCCGUGCCUUCAAUCUUUGUAACGAAGCUGAACAUAAGGCAUAUGAGUAUUUUGGGUACCCAGAAAGUGACCUCUUUAUGGAUAUCUAUGACAUUCGUACCCAGCUGUACAUCAAACAAAAUGAUCCAGAUGGAGCACUUGAGGAUGCCUCACAAAUGAUGGAAAUGAUGAAUUCAAAUCCACUAAGUAACCUGCGCUAUGCCCAGGCAAUGAGGGCGGGUGGCAAGCUAGCAGACUGUUUUGGCUUCCUGGUGGAGGGCUUGAAGCACCUCUGUGCAACCGAGGAAGACAGAAUCACUUACUUUGCUGAACUGGCUUCGGUUAUCCCAGAUAUCACUGUGGAAGAUGACAGUGUUUAUAAUGAGAUAGACCUCCCCAGCUCAUCCCAGUUUUGGUCUAGUGUCCUGAAGAACCUAGCCAAGAGCGACAGAUGGCAGGCUGUGUCGCUGCUCAUCCUCGGCCUCACCAACGGGCAGGACUGUCCACUGGAUUGUGUUGCCUCUGAUGCUUCAACAGCAGGCAUCAGUGUCUCGGGGCUGCUCAAGCACCUGCCUGAUGUUGAGCUGAAGAAAUGGGGCAUUAAGCUUGCUAUCUGUCUCCUGAAGAAGGGAGCAGCCAUGGAGAGUAUUUCAGCUGAUAUGGUAGAGCCUGUGCCUAUUACUGCAGUGGUAUCGGCCAUUAGAACAGGCAACAACGAGCUGUUCCGAUAUGUGAUGGAGACCAGCUCCAAGUUCCGGCUGCAGAUUGACAACAAGGACAAGAAUGGGGACACACCGCUCCACAUCCUGGUGAAAUCUGGGAAGACGAACUCAUUCAGCGGAGAAGCUCUUCUCAAAUUGUUGCUCAAUUACGGAGCAACUGUCAGUGUUCAAGACUCAAGUGGAAAAAAGCCGAUUGACUAUCUGGACGCAAAAACACAAGUGUAUGCUCACCUGAGUCAGGCAGCUAGCAAUUCAGAUGGUGCUCUAAGGAAGAGGAUAGCUGGUAUGAAAGAACAAGGAAACAAAGCCCGGCAAGACAAGGACCCGUUCAGUGCUAUCGGGUGGUACAAGGACGCAAUUGCUUUAGCCUUAACAGUCCCCAACAUGAAGCAAGACUUGGCGGUCCUUCACAGUAACUGUUCUGCUGUCUACUCCAGCUUAGAAAUGUAUAAUGAUGCUCUGAGAUCUGCGGAAGCAACUCUUGCCAGUGAUCCUAAAUUUCACAAGGGUUACUGGAGGAAAGGCCAAGCCCUGAAGCAGCUGGGCCGGAUACAGGAAGCACUGGCAGCAUUCAUCCAUGCUAUGCAGAGAACAGCUACCACAGAUGAAGAGAAAGUCCAAUUUCUCACUGAAGUUGUCGAUCUGCUUCCCUUAAUGGUCCAAAAAAACUUCGUUUUCAAGCCACAAAUGGGGGCCACUUUGGACUGGCUGGGGCCACUGAUGCCCAAAGUUCUGGAAAAUCUAGUCAAGUCAUCAUCUUUUGAAGCAAUCAGAAUCCUUAUCUUGGGUCAAGACUAUGUCCCUCUCAAAAACCGAUUACCACGGCCUGCAAUUUUGACUCUGAAUCACCUUCCAAUUCCAGUAGCUCAAGGUGUAGCCACCAGAUUCAAUGCCAGAGAUGUGGUACUCAGCCAGUUUGUGCUGAUGGCUCCUGAAACUCAAUGGAUCGAUGAGCUGGUAAUUGUCCUCAUGCUGCAGGGUGCUCCGUAUAACUCCCUCAAGACAUGUGAUGGUGACACACCCCUUCAUGCUGCCGUCAGACUCUGCAUCAAGUCAGGAGGUACCUUGAUGUUUGAGCAUGUCAUGCAGCUCAACCCUGCCUUCAUAGACAAGAGGUACAUCCAGGAUAGUGAAGGCCGUAGUCUGUUCCACACCGUCUGCGAGUGCUGCCCAUCAGGGGAUUCCCCUGUCAGUCUCCAGAUGACAGAGGUCCUCCUGUUCUUCAGGUUUGAUGUCACUCUGCGGGAUCGACUUCAACGAAAGGCAACAGAUCUUGUGCCACCACACAGUAAACUCCACAAGGAACUCCAAAAGAAGACUUACGCUCCCAUACUGGAAGAUGCAAAGACCCUGAAAGAAAAAGGUAAUCGUGAGUUCCAGUCUCAGAAAUACCAAGAUGCCAUAGCUAUCUAUUCUAAGGCUAUAGAUGUAAUGAUGAACAAGGCCCAGAAGUCGACCAGCUUGGCGGACAUGUUCAGCAAAGAGGAUGACCAUGACCUAGCGGUGCUGUAUGGGAACAGGGCUGAGUGCUAUCUGAAGAAGAACAUGGUACAAGAGGCACUGGAUGACAGCAUGGAGAGUGUAGCUCAUGAUGGCCAUUGGCAUAAGGCUCACAUGCGAGUUGGACGAUCCCUGCAGGCACUGAAGAGAACAGACCAUGCUAUCAGUGCCUUUGUGAAUGCCUACAACAGCCUGAGUCAAGAUGGUGCUGAGAAGAUUCAGAAAGAGAUCCUUGGCGAGCUGCUGAUGACUGUUAGCCAAAGUUCGAAGAUUUUGCCAGGUCAGCCAAUCCCCAAUCUGAACACAGUGCGCCGUGAGUUAUGGGCCAAGGUGGCGUACGACAUCAUCCUGAGGACAGCUCAGUGGGGUGCUGCUCACUAUGCGUACAAAUUGUUUGCCGUUGCCAAGACCAACAGUGUGAAGAUAAACAUCGACCUGAAACCUUUGUGUGACCCCAACAAUCUGCAGAGACAUCGAUGGGGAUCUCAGCUUGUCCUCUACUUCCUCAAGUGUGAGGCCAAUCACCAUACACUCCGCUUCGAAAAGGGGGACACAUAUCUGCAUGCUACUGUCUUCAUUGUCUUUCUUACAGCUGACAUGGAGUUGCUGAAAUGGCUGUUCGAAAAUAUUGUGCUGAUGAAAGACGAGAUGAACAUCGAGGAUGAGAAGGGAAACACAGCUCUACAUAUGGUCUGCUCUGCCAAACUUAACCCUGAUAUCAAGGUUCAAUUGUUAAUUUUCCUUGUUGAUCAAAACGUGAGUCCACUUAUACAGAACAGAAACAGUCAGACAGCCCUCGAUUGUGUUCCGUCCGGGGAACAUGAAGCGAGGCACAUCAUGACGCGGGCCAUGGAAAGAGCUGUGGAAGGAAAGUCUGUAUUUAGGAAACAAAAAGCGGUUAUAAGGGAACCAUCACCUCCUGUCCAGAAAUCUCGCAUUCAGGAACCAAAACAGACUUUCCCUAAAAGCAACAAGAAACAGCCUCAGAGGAAACAAUACUCCUCACAGUGUGACCGUUGUGACGAAACGUUUGAAACUGGCAUGAGGCUGUUGGACGAAGACCCAGAGAGGGCUGUUGACAAGUUUGUGGGAAUCUUGCUGUGGGAACACAAAGGAGGGAGACAUCAGGAAAUUGUAGACAAGUGCUUGAACAAGAUAGUGGCCGAACUUGGGCGGACUCUCACUCCAGAUCUCCCCGAUUCCCUGAAGAAAAUCUCACCCCACAUAAUGAAAAUCAUCAUGGAACGGUUUGCUGAAAAGGAUCGUUGGAGGCAUAUUGAGGCAGCAAUCAAACUCUAUGGUGCUGACAGACUGCCAAAGUCAUUUGCAAAAGGCAUCUCUACCAAGGGUCUCAUUGUAGGGAAAACUGUGGGCUCUGAAGCCCUGAAACUGAAGAUCCUGUCUCUCCUGCAGAGCCAUGGCGCGUGUCUGGUACGGGAGAAGGAAGCAGAUGCUAUGAAGGGUGCUAUUGCCAACAAUGAAGUGCGUGUUGUCCUGCGUCUUCUUGAUGAUGGCAUAAGCCCUUUGACUAUCAGUGUGACAUUUGGUGACACCCCAGUGCAUGCUGCUCUCAACAUAGCCUUGGACAAGGACAAAGGUAACUUCACACUCCUUGAGAGGCUUCUCGAGCUGCACAAAUCUGAUCCAGCAAAGUACAGCUACCUGAACUCACGAGUUGUGAACAGAGAGGGAGACACACUACUUCACAUGGCUUGCAAGUGCAAGUACAACAAGCAUUCUCAGAAAGCUGUGGAGUUUCUGUGUAACCAGCAGGUCCCAGCAGACGUCUGCAACAAGGGAGGCAAGAUGGCAAUACAGUACCUUACAACCAAAAAUGACAGACGAGCCCAGUUUCUUCGAGUUGUUGGAGGGACUGUGCCAGCCACAAAGUCAAAAACUAAUGAUACCUCUCAGAAAAAGGCCAAUGCCGUUGGUAAAGAAAAAACACAGAAAAAGACAGAGAAAACUGAUUCUCAAGAAUCCUCCCCUGAAAGGACAGAAGAAGAAGCUGACCUUGGAGUGACAUCUGAGGAGGAUAUCCGAGUAAAGGCUGUGAAUCUGGUAGGGGUUGCUCAGAGUAGGGAGAGGAUCAAGGAGAUCGUCAGCGAAAGACAAGAUCUGGAGAUUUCCAUUUUCAAGGAGAGUAAAUCCGAAAGAGACAAGACUGAUGUUUCUGCAGCAAUGGCAGCUUCAAAUGAUGCAGGGACUGGUGGAGCAUCAGCAGACAGAAGAACAGGAUCACCAAGAAAAGAAACAAGGACAGUAGCUGAGAGGAUGUUGGAGGAAGAUGCUGCUGAUGUCCUGGCACAGGUUGAUGAAGAGGACUUGGAUGAGGAUGAAGAAGUAGAAGAGGAGUCUGAGGUGAAUCUGAGCACAUUUGACAACUUGGCCUGGGAGGUGGAAUGUACUGCUGAUGUAUGGAAGUGUCUUCGGGACAAGCAUGUUCUCCCGGAAUUAAAACAGCGAGCCAUACGAAGAAUCCUUUUGCUAGCCAAUGGAGAGUGGAGACCAUACCUUCGCAAAAGGGUGAACAAUGCACCUGCAACACUGGAGCUGUAUGAAGCCAAGCUGUCGAAGGCUGCAAGAAUAAUUUGGGAGGUGGCAGUUGCUUUCUCUGCUCGGUGCAGUGAAGCAGCAGACAAGAGACUUGAAGAUGAGGAGGUACAAGAAUUUGCCGUCAGAGGAGGGAGGAUUUAUUCGGAGAUCAUCCGAGUCUGGGAUAUUGUCUUCGACCAUGACAACCUGUACAGGUCAAUCCAAAAUGUCAUCAAGUCACACAGUAGAGGGGAGACAUGCAUCCUCAAAAAGAAGCUGAAAGGAGUGAAAGAUGCCCAGUUCGAAGGAGGAAUCACAAAGCGAUAUCCAAUGCUGUUUGCUGAACAGGAUGAUGAUCUGGGCCUUGAGGCUGUGAGAGACAAGCAGCAGAUGCUGCUGUACCCACCAGCCAGUGCUAAUGAAACAGAGUACCACAUUCUUAAGUUCUACUCCUUUUCCUCAGCACUUGUCAACAUUAUUCUCCAGAACAUCGAGCGCAAGGUUGACUUCCCGUUCCGUGUGACUGACAAGGAGCAUGCCAUCAUUCAUCUGAGAUCGAAGUCUCCCAUUCUACUGCUAGGUAGAAGUGGAACUGGCAAGACCACCUGCUGUCUGUACAGGCUGUGGACAAGUUUCAUAUCCUACUGGGUCAUGGCUAAAGACUCAGGCGAACCCUUCCUGCCCCGACCCGAGCGCUUCAUGGAGGAUGAGAAAAUAGAUGAAGCAGGGGACGACAAUGAGGAUGAAGAUGAUGAAGACCUUGAUGACGGAGGGAGAGAUGCUGGCGGAGCUGCCUCCAAAGACGUUGAUACUCCUGUAUUCGAAUGCUUGAAUGAUGAGGAUGAGGAGGAUGACCUGGGUGGUCCGGAGUAUGACCAUUUGCAUCAGAUCUUCGUCACCAAGAACCCUGUCCUGAGCACAGAGGUUCACAAGAACUUCUACGAGCUCUGUCAUGCAUGCGAAGCGACUAAAGAUCAUGCAGGAAAGGAGGCAGACGAUCUUCCUCACAGGCUGCAAGAUGUGCAGGAUUUGUGUUACCCUCUGUUCCUCACGUCCAAGCAGCUGUUGAUGAUGCUGGAUGCCUCCCUGGAGCCGCCAUACUUCUUUGAGAGGAACGAAGAUGGAAGUCUCGGAGCCCGAGUACAAGGAUGGGGCACUCAAGAUGACCUGUUUGGAUUUUCCCCCCUGGAACCAGACUCUGAUGAUGAGGAUGAAGGAGUUGUUGACUUGGAUGAAGAUGUGGAUGAAGACGCAGAGAAUGCUCCAGAACAGAUACGACCUGCCCCGCAUCAACAGAAGGUAGAUCCCAGAAAAGAAGUCACUUAUGAAAUGUUUGCUGAGGAAAUCUGGCCCAAGAUUCUCAAAAAGAUGUCUGUGAAUUACCACCCGUCCCUUGUGUGGACAGAAAUCAUGUCAUUCAUCAAGGGUUCUUUUGAAGCUUUGUUAAAGCCAAAUGGACAUUUGAGCAAGGAUGAGUACAUCGAGUUGGGAAAGAAAAGAGCCCCCAAUUUCACUGGCGAGAGAGACAAAGUUUAUGAACUGUACCUCAGAUAUGACCAUUUCAAGAAGCAGAAGUUCCUGUUUGAUGAAGCAGAUCUUGUCCAGAACAUUUACAAACGUCUACGAUCUAUAAAGGAACAGACAUGGGUGAUUCAUCAGUUGUAUGUGGAUGAGACACAGGACUUCACACAGUCCGAGCUGUGUGUCCUCCUUAGAAUCACCCAGAAUCCAAACGAUAUGUUCCUCACUGGCGACACAGCUCAAGGCAUCAUGAGGGGAAUUUCUUUCAGAUUCAGUGACCUGAAGUCUCUGUUUUUCUAUGCAAGAAAGUCUCUUCAUGCUAGAGGGCAGUUCGGAAGUGUCAAUGUACCCAAACAAAUCUACCAGCUGACUCACAAUUACAGAUCACAUGCUGGGAUUCUCUCCCUUGCAUCCUCAGUUUUGGACCUGAUGGUCGAGUUCUUCCCAGAAUCGUUUGACAGAUUGCAGAAAGAUCAAGGCCUUUUCAAUGGACCACCACCUAUCCUGCUGGAGUCCUGCAGUGUUGGAGACUUAGCAAUUCUACUGCAGGGCAACAAGAGAAAGACAUCGCACAUUGAGUUCGGAGCCCACCAGGCUAUCCUGGUAGUGAAUGACUCUGUGAAGAACAACAUGCCGGAGGAGCUGAGCCACGGCAUCGUACUCACCAUCUACGAGGCAAAGGGGCUGGAGUUUGAUGACGUCCUGCUGUACAACUUCUUCAAGGACUCUCAGGCGAUGAAAGAAUGGAGAGUUGUUACAUCAUUCUUGGAACAAAUUGCAAAGGGCCAGGAAGAUGAAAGAACAGAAAAUCUAGUCAUCAUUGACGAAGAAAUCUUAAAGAAGCCAAAGAGGCCUCGCCCUUUGAACUUUGACCCCAACCAGCACAAGGUCCUAAACUCUGAACUGAAGCAUCUGUACACAGCCUUGACUAGAGCACGGGUCAAUGUGUGGAUCUUUGAUGAGGAUGAGGAGAGGCGGGCCCCCAUGUUUGAAUACUUCAAGGCAAGGAAGCUGGUCAGAUGUAUCACGGAUGCAGAGAUGAAUGCUGCUGCUGGUAUGGAGGAGACAAUGUUUGCUGAGAAGUCCACCCCCGAGGAUUGGGUGAAACGUGGUGAUGAGAUGAUGGGCCGGUGUCUCUACGAGGUGGCCGCCAAGUGCUACAGGAUGGGAGACAAUGAGACGAAGGAGAAGAUAGCCCAGGCUCACAACCAAGCUUUGAAAGCUUCCAGGAUGAAGGACAACCCGAAGAAGAUGAAGGAGGAGUUUGUCUUCGCUGCUGAGAAGUUCCUGGAAAGUGGCCAUGACAACAAGGCUGCCCUCUGCCUGCAGAAUGCUAGGGAAUAUGAGCUCGCAGCUACCGUGUUUGAGAAAUGUGGACAGUUGGUUGAUGCUGCAAAGAUGUUCCGAAGAUGCAAGAAGCAUGUUGAUGCAAGUCGAUGCUACGAACAGCUUGGUAACUACCACAAAGCUAUAGAGGUUCUUGACAACGAGGAGCUGUAUGACCAAGCCAUUGACUGCCUUGAGAGACACAAACUGGUUGUCAGUGAGCUGGAGAGGAAAGGGAAGGAGGUCCCACGUGUGCUCCUCCUCAACAAGCCUGGCAUCAGCUUCACUGUGGCCAGACUCAGCUACAAGGCGGCCAACUUCUACCACAGGUACAAGAAUGAAGCCAAGAUGGUGGAGGCGCUGGAGCGCUUGCCCCGCGUUGAAGACAGACUUGUCUUCCUCAAGAAGCGAUCCUAUGUGGAGCAAGCUGCUACAAUCCUCGUGCAGGAAUGCAAGACAACUGAAGCAGCCCGCAUGAUGCUUCAACAUGGGAAAGUUGAGAAAGCGUUGGACUUUGCUCUGCAAGGAGAUGACCAGGAUAUGCUUGGUGACUGCCACUAUGCCCAGGCCCUGGCUCUCAUGUCCUCAAAGGAAGGAUUUGACCAACCAAAAAUCUUGGAACACCUCACCAGCGCCCGUGAUGCUUACAUGUCGGUGAAGAAAGUAGACAGUGUUGGGGUUACCUGUUUGGCCCUGGCUAGCAUCAGACUUGACCUUGAAACUGCAAAGAAAGCUUUUCAAAAUUUCCAAAGCGUCAAACCCUUUGCUAAUGAAGCCGGAAUGCUGGAGUCCUUGGAUCUUGUUGUGCGGUUGUCACCCAUGGAUGAAGCGUUUGCCGACAUGAAGGCAGUUGUCCGCGGCGUGGACGCCUUGUUCAAUGUAAUGAAAGCUCUGUUGAAACCAACAUCGACCGAGGAGAAGGCAAGGUGUCAGUUGUAUUUGCAGUUCUAUGGGCUCCAUGAGAAGGAUGUCAACAUUCUGAUCGUCUACCCGAAGCAGAAACCCAGAUGUGUCAGGGUUAUUCCAGACUUCUAUGCCAACAAGCAGGAGAAGAAACAGCCAUGUGUUGAAAAGGAAAAGAAGAGAAUAUGUGUGAUGCUAAGCUUCCACCUUGUAGACAUGUUGAAAAACUGGAUCAACUCAAGUAGAGAUUCUCUCAGAAGCCAUGUCUCUCACCGACUCCAGUGUAAGUCCCACAUGGAGGGAGAAGUGUGUCCUGACGAGGAAUACUGCCCUUACCUACACACAGACUACAACAGGGGCUUGGCAUUCAAUGCUCUGGAGGCCCUGCUCUGGGAGGUACAUCUGGACAGUAUUCUUCAAUCUGGAGCUCUUCACAUUAAAGGAAUCAAGAUUCCAGGCUUGGAGUCUGAGAUGAAGAACCUGUACAGAGGAAUCAACUCCUUGAGUGAUGAAUCAACUAGGUUUGAUUCUUGUGAGAGGCUGUUAGACUUCUUGAUACCAGAACAUCAUCACUUGAGGAAUCUCACUGAAAAUAGUUUUGUGACAAAGCAGUUGUUAGGCCGGUUGUCGUUUGGAAAAGUUGAAGCUCAGGUUCGCAGAUUCCUUGAGUACUCCUGGAAAUUUUCAGAAAAAACCUUAAUUGACACCCUAGAAAAAAGAUCUAAAAGCACAGACUGGUUUGUAAGAGCUACACUCUUUUCAUCACUUUUUCGUUUGAAAAUGGAUAUUUCCAAAUUCUGUCAGCAGCUUGAAAGUGAUCUGAUGAAACAUACCCCAAGAUGGUUGGAUAAACGCAGAAAGUAUGCCCUCAAGGCUGAUUUCCAUCACCACACUUUUACAGUAGUCUGUAUCGGAAGAAGAUUCUUUGAUGUUCAUCAGUGGCUGCAAGGAAGUCCAGUCAAGGCUGUAAUGGAAUAUGCAAAGUUUGUCAAACUUAUGGGUGAUCGAGUCAGGCUUUCUGUAUUCCCUAAGAUGCCACUGUUCCUGUUUUGGCAAGAGGUCUUUGUGUGUAUUUCCUUCUUCUGCAUUGCAAAACUCUCCCCAGCCACCAUGAGGUUUGUUCUCCCUGCAACAUACCUUGCUACCAUCCCAUUAGUAAAUGCUACUUUUACAAAGGGUGAGAACACAAUACAGGAGUUGGUUCACACAAUAUCUGACAGGGGGGACAACCUUCAAAUUGUUAAGGAUCGCUUUCUACAGAUAGUAGGCGUGAUUUUUGGGUCAAGAAUGAAUCUUCUAAGAUUGAUAUUCAAACCAAGGAAGGAAGGAGCGGAGAUACAAUAUCUUCAAGCUGAGAGACUGCUUGUCCUGGCACUAGUUCUUCUGACCAACAUCGGGUCGUUUGUCGCUGUUGAGCUGGAAAGUCAACUGAUGUCCACAAUCUUGAAACUGAGUCUUCCAGAAGAUGCUCCUAACAGAUUGACUCGGAGUCUCAAGGCAGUGAAACAGUCGAGAGGUAUUGUUGACAUCGUGGCUGUUCUCCGGGACCUGCUGAUGCAGAGAGAAGAAGAGUUCCUUUUGUCCUGCUACUGGAAGUGGGAUAGCCAGAGACGACAGGGAGCUCAGUUCAAACAAGUGCACAGACUGGAUAGCUUCUCUCCAGGAUUUCAUCGAUUUGACCCAGAGAAUCUGGAAUCAGGAAAUGAGAUGCUUCUGGACUAUGAAGAGGAAGAGGAAGAACUGGGUCUCACGCCGGAGGAGGCUCAAAGAAAACUCGAGGAGAAUUUACAGUAUCAGGAGAAUCUCAUAAGGGACAAAGCAGCCAAGAAACUACAGCGAUUCUUCAGAUGGCUUACCUUCAAAGAGAGAUUUGAAUCUGGCAACUUUAUUAGGAUGUGCUUGCAUCAAGAUACAAAGGACACAUUUGCUCCUUUUGAAGUGACUGAGAAGAUGUGUGGAGUCUGUGGAAUGCCUUUCCAGACGGAAGAACUUGCCAUGAAGGACCUGGAGGAGGAGAUUACAGAUGGGGAAGAGGCCACAGGAAGACGCAGUCCAGACUCGUUUUUGUCACCUGAAAAGUCAAUGAGCCUCGGAGGAAGGGGAAUGUGGAGCCCAGGAAAAUUAUCUACACCAUUGGAGUCCCACAGGACAACAACUGAACAUAUCCAAACGAAAUUCCAGUUUGAGGUAUUCAGACGUCUGUAUGAUGACUUCUUUGCCAUGAAGGUCCCAGAGAUGAGGAAAUUUAUAACCAGGACAAAGUUGAGAGACCAGGACUUCACUGCAGAGCACUACCCUGACCAGGCUCUUGAUGUGUCCCGGCUGACUUCUCAAAUGGAUGAAGUGCUCAACAUGCUUGACAUCGUCCUUCGUGGCCGCAAAUGGGAUCUGUCGGUGAAGCUGAGAGACAAGGUUGUGAUGUUGUUUAGUGAUUACAAACGAGUUGGUCCAGAAAUCAAGGAGAAGUACAAAGAAUAUGUGAAACAGCAACAAGAAGUCAGAACUGAAGCAAGAAUGGUUAAUCCCUCCGGAGACGAGGAACAGAAGGAAGAUUGGGACAAGGAAACUGAUGUAGUUGAUGUUGUAGAACAACCUGCCCCCAGGAAGGAGUUCAGGCCACGUGGUGGAGGUGGACGAGGGCGACACAGAGCCAGGGGUCAAAGAUGGGAGGGAGGCAGGGACAAAGGAGAUCAUAGAGACUGGGAAGGAGGAGCUGGUAGAGGCAGAGAUAGAAACGAGAGGGAAGGUCAGAAGCGAGACGGACGUCAUCGUCACUUCAGCCAGGAAGAUUUGCCUCCUAGAUUUCAGCGGCAACGGCAGCAGCAGCAGAGGAGGCAGAAACUGAAUGAUCAGUAUCAGCAGAGGAGGCAUCAGGUGCCUCUCUGAGACCUUGCCAGGCAGACCACAGAUGCAAACAAUUGUGUCAUUGUUACAUGUUCAGUGUGACAGGAACUCAGCAUUUUGUGAAUAGAUAUUUACUAUUUUCGUGGACAGAAGAUGCCAUUGGCUUCUUAUUGGAAUGGGAAUAUUCUUUAUCACUUUUCACAUGGACAUAUUUUGAGCUGUUUCCACAUCAAGUCAACAAUGACGCUUUUCUUCCAUGACACAUCAUGAAGCAUAGCAUAGGCAACACAGAGGCACUGAUUAGAAGAACAUAGAUGAGUAAGGUAUUCUCAAGCUGACAUGCAUGUUACAUUCUUGAGAGAAAUUCUGACAAUGUGAUAGAAUGUUCUUCCAGAAGAUGUUGGCAUAGAUCAAAGAACUUUUUGUCAAAGGGCCAUAACACAUGUUAUCAAGGAAAGAUGUGAUGGCUGAAAUAUACAUUUUGUACAAGCAAGAAAUCAUUUUGUCUGAAACAACAGAUAUAUGAACAUUUGUGCUUCAUAAGCUAUGUUUUUUACUGAUGGAAAACUUUUAAACACUGUUUAUAGCAGCUGAUUCAGUACCUGUAAUUGAUAAUUAGCCAAAAGUUGACAAAUUAUUUAUACUAUGAGCAAUACUAUGAGUGGCAUCCAAUGUUUCACUCAUUGACUUUUCCCUUAAUAAUCACAGUGGUAAAAGGCUGAAACCUGCAUUACUUUGGGCAUGUAUGUUAUAGCAGAAUCCUAUGACCAUGGGUUUGAAUCCUGAUUUGUCCAGAUUAUGUUAAGGUUUGUCAGAACCAUACCUGCGCUCAUGGGUUUCACCAAAGGGGUAAAAGACUGACACCUGCAUCACUUCGGGCUUUCUUCCUACAUCAAAUGCCGUGAUAUAAUUUGAAUACUGUGAAACUGGCGUCACACACACACACACACACACACACUCACACUCACACUCACUCACUCACAUGGCUAGUCAUUGGGAAAUCAGCAGAACGAGAUAUGAAUGGAUUUGAAAACUGAUUUGACUACCGACAGGUGAGACUUAGUUCUCUUCAAUGUACAUUUUGUAAGUAUUGUUUACGUGCCUUCUCAGAUCAUUUCAACUUUGCAUUGCUGUUUUCGGUAAGACCGGGAAAGUAUUAUGCUGUGGUGCUUUUGUUAGAACUAGAUAUUUUGUGAUAAAACCUGCCUUCACUCUUUCAUGUCCCUUUGGGAUUUUGAGUUCGAAUAGGUGCCCAGUAAAUCUAUGCAGGUUGUAACAGGCGACUAAAUGGAUUGGGUGGUAAGGCGUGAUGACUUGGUUGAUUGUGAGUUGAUUAUUGCUCACAAUAUCAAUCACUGGAUUGUCUUGUCUAGACUUAGUUAUUUACUGGUCAUAUAUUGCUGAGUGUAGCGCUGAACAACAAAACACGCCCUCAAUCUUUCACACAAAUAAGCUUGAUUAAACAUCAGUCACAAUGUCUAUGCAGUGCAGUACCAUAUGGUGUUUCCUGUUGGUCUUCUGGUGAAUACACCGUCUGCCUGGAGAAUGGAAGGUUGGUGGUUCAAUCAGCGGCCAUGUCAUACCAACAGACGUUACAUGAUGAUACUUGUUACCCUGCCUAGCCCGUGGCAGAAAGGACUGGAUGGCUCAGUCCGUAUACUGUGUCUGAGAGGGGUAUCCAUGUUACGUAUCCAACUACGGCAUGGUAUCUCAGUUGGCUAGCACCAUGAAACAGGUAUUCGUGAGGGCUAAUACAAACAGCGACACACGUACAUGCAUAUCGCUGUAUCAAUGCAAUAAUCUUGAAGGCGACCAUACCCACAAGCACGACCUCACCUCCUAGUGGUGUGCACGAAGUCUAUGCAGAAAAAAUCCCAUUUACUAAUGUGCCUCCAUUGCUGGUAGUAUGACUAGACUUGUUUUUUAUGUAAACAACUAUUUCUGGUCAACAUCUUUUACAAAAUGUCAACUAUCAUAUAUCUUACUGUAACUUCAACUUGUAAUCUUAUGUGGAUAAUUGUAUUUCAUGUCUUUUUUGAGAGUGUUCUGUGGACUACACAUUUUGUCACUCUGGACAGGGCCAUUCCCUGUGAGAUUGCAUGGAUUAACAAAUUCUUGAUUUAUGAAUUAUUGAUAAGAGUAAUGUUACUUUGGAUUAUUGUUGAUGUUCCUCACUAGAUUAUCAGGAAAAUAGUGUUCAGAACUGAUGGGGUUCAAACUAACAAGUUUUCACUCUGUUUAUAUAUUGUAAAGGAGACAUCAUUUCCAAUUUCCUGUCGCUUGGAAAAUAUUUUAAUUAAAAGUUUUCAGCUGUCAUAUUUGAAUUCAGAAACCGAAAGGAAACCAAAUGUGGAAAGGUUUUGUAGAUUUCUGUAAAUGUGUUUUAUAAUGUCCAAAUCAUGUUUAUGACAGAUUGUAAGCAAUUGCCUUACCUUCUUUUUCUCGGAUUUUUGUUUCACGAAAAAUCUGUUUUCCAUGAUGUCAACAAAUCAAAAGAAAUGUUUUGCUUGAAGUCUUUGGCUUUAUUGUCACAUGAAACUGUACACUCACCCCCAGAGUUCAACAAAUGCUAUUAUUCAGGGAUGAAACAGGACUUUUAUGGCAAAAGAUUCCUUGAUCACAUUGAUUUUCUAGACAACCGCAGUUUUGAACAACUUCUCACACCUUAUUGUUUCAAUAUGCUGACAUUUUCUGUUCUUAUCAUUCUGCAAAAGAUCAACAUGUUGGAAUACUGACAUAUUGUAUUUACCUUACUGUCAGCCUUCCUCUGUUAUAAAAUUACUGUCGCCCCUUUUGUCUAGUGAACUACAGUAUUUUUUGAACCCUUCCCACAGUGAGUUUGAAUACUUUUUAGAAAGUUAUGGUACACUUCACUGAUGCAUCAGUCCAAAUCAGUGAUCAGUGUCAGUGCUGCGAUUGUCUAGUGCCUUUGCUAUAAAUAUGUAAUAGUAAUACCUGUCAGCUGAUUUUCACAAGAACACAGUUUACCGAUUACAACAGAAUAUUAUAUUGUAUGGCAAUGAUACACACAAUGUUCCUCACCAGCAAUAGUUGUAGGGUGAGUGCUUAGAAUGGGCACGUGCCUGAGACCCUCGGGUAAAGAUGAAUCUUGAAAUUAAAAGUCACAAUUUUGGAGCUAGACCAAUGUGGGUUUUUUUCAUGAAACAGAUAUUUUCAUGAGUGUGUCAAUGCAAUUCCAUCAUGUCUGAGCAAAGCUUACUAAAAUAGUUUCAAAGUUCUAUACCUGUCAGUGGGCUCAGUAUGAGGCAUGUCUAAGUUCAAGUGUUUUUAUAUGGUUUUGAACCAAUCAACUUGUAAUUAAGGAAUAUUGCCAGCAGAUAAAAACAUCCCAUUAUGUUUCCAAGUUUGUGAGUACCAUAUCCAUGUGGGUUUCACCAAAGUGGUGAACAUGUGAGACCUGCAUCAUUUCAGGCAUCCUUCGUUCAUGAAGCUGACAUGCCGUGAUAUAUUUGGAAUACUGUCCAAAUCAGUGUUUUUCCAACUCACUCACUCACUGCUACAGUUUGAUAUGAAAUAAAUUAACACCCCUGACUGAGAACUGCAGCCCAUGACAGACACAGGUUGUAUCUUUGAGUUGCAUUGAAGAGCUGUAGAGUCCAUGUAGGCUCGGGCACUCUAAUAAGGUACGACCACAAUGUUGCACUGAAAGAAGAAAGUAGUUCAAAUCCAUGACUACAAGUACUUGAUAGUUGUAGCGCUAAGAUCGCUUUGUGCAAGUGGGCCCAGGUGUUCAUCAUACAAAGGGGACAUUACUGAUCAACCCACCCUACCUCUGAUUUAGGUUUCAAACAAAGUUGUGUUCUUUUUUCAUGUAUGUUUGUAAUGGUGCAUAUGUAUAUGUGUGUAUAUAUGAAUUCUAUUGGGUGGGAUAUUGCUUUUGAUUGAAGAACAUUUCUGAAAUAGAUUUUGCUGAAGUUUCCCAUUCAAGGGUUUGAAUCUAAUUCAGGUCGAACUUAAUAAAUGACACUUGCAGUUUUUCUCGUGUCAUAUUCAACAUAACUUUCUGUUUAAUUGGUUGCACGGGUGGCCGACUAAUCCGAGGCACUGCGAUUUGCUGUUUAGAAUUGCGUCCCUUGGGCAUGCCAGAAACCUAUGAUUGUUGUUUCGAAUCUUGGUUCACGCCGAUAAUGUUUCUAGGUUUGUCAGCACCAUACCCGUGCUAGUGGGUUUCACUGGACUGGUAAACGUCUCAUCACUUCAGGCCUUCCUCCCACAUUCAACUGACACAGCACGAUAAAACUGGAAUACUGUUAAAAGCAGCGUUAAACCCAUCUCACUCACUUCUGUUUAAUUUUGACUAAAGUGUUUUGACUGAAAAUGUUAGUCUGCCUACCUUGAAAUUAUCAGAGUGAGCUUAUGUCAUACAUCAUCUGUCCAUCUAUCAGUCAGUUGGCACUGAACUUAAAAACUCUUCAAAUCUACUGAACAUAACAGUAUCACAAACGGAUAUGUCCAUGGUAGACAUAAUGCUUUUCUUUGAUGUAUUCAAUGUGUGUAAAUGUUUUGAAUUGUUGAAUAAAUAUUGCAAGACUU